CCCUUCUGAGUUGAUUCUUCUUUGACGUAUUCAGGCUUGCGCUCUACCCAACCUACUUUAUAUUCAUUCAUCCAACACAUCAUCAAAAUGGGUGGUGGCGACUUGAACAUGAAGAAGUCAUGGCACCCGCUCCUGUUGAAGAAUCAGGAGCGGGUCUGGCUUGAGGAGAAGAAGGCUCUUGAAGAGAAGAAAAAGCUAGACCAACUUCGCAAAGAAAAGGAAGAAGAGCGGCAACUUCAAGAGCUGCAGCGACUUCAAGAAGAGAAAACAGGGAAGAAACGGACAGAAAAGCUUGAAUGGAUGUACACGACUCCGGCGACGGGCAGCAGUCAGAAUCCAAAUGAUCUCGAGGAUUAUCUCCUUGGGAAGAAGAGGGUGGACAAGAUCUUAACGGCAGACGACAAUGCCAAGCUUGGUGCCUCUCACAAGAACUUUAUCGCCGUCCAGAAUGCCAACAACGCUCGUGACAUUGCCGCAAAAAUCCGCGAAGACCCUCUACUUGCCAUCAAACAGCAAGAGCAAGCGGCUUAUGAAACUCUAAUGGCUAACCCUCUUCGCCUCAGGGAGAUGCAGGAGCGCAAUGGCAUCAAGCCGAAGAAAGAUAAGAAGCAGAAGAAACUGGAGAAAGAGGAAAAGAAACGAUUGAAGCUGGAGCGUAAACAGAGGCGGGACAGAUACUCUCGCUCACCGAGCCCUUUGGACGACCGCAAUAGGCCGAGGUCUCGCUCCCCAGAUCGUUAUGGUCGAUCCCAUCACUCUAAUCGUCGGAGUUCCUUUGACCGACGACCCUCACCAUUACCCUCUCGUUCUCGCUACGGUGAUCGAAGCAGCAGCGAAGAGGGACGUCAUUCACGACGCCAUACAGGCCGCAGCCCUUCACCGCCUUAUCACCACCGUCACGACAGCCCCCCUCGCGACUUGCGUCGGCGUCACCAUGACGAACCGUCCCGAGACAUCGGACGUCGGCCCACGUCUUAUGAUAGACUCGAAGAACCCGGGAAACGGGCGUGCAGUUCGAGCAGGGAGAGAUAUGACCGUCACAUUCCUGCGAAACGACCACGCACAAGUCCGCCUCCUGCCCGUUUAUCUGACAACCGUGCCACUGAAGACCGCGCGACUCGGCUGGCUGCCAUGACCGCCGAUGCCACUGUUAUGAGUAGCGAGCGGAAGGAGCGUCUGGCGCAAAUGUUGGAGAAAGAGAAGGCUGACCAUGCUGCAGAGGAGCAGGCCAGGGCCAAGUCGAAGGGCAUGGGAGGCUUCUUGAGCCAGGAAUCGAAGAAAGUGUUUGGUGGAUCCGGUGGUCUGGAGGAUAGGAUCAGAAGGGGUCGUGGCGGUAUGGUUGUUGAUGCCGAUUAAUUAAUGUCUUACGUUCUGUGGUUAUUCCAUGGUGUUUUAAGCUAUCGCUAACAUGUACAAUUUCCUCGGACUGUCGAU